AUGGGUUCAUCAAAAUCAAAAGCUUUGGCAUCUGCUGGACCUCCUCAGCAUGUAGAUAUCCCCCAGACGUGCUAUCUCUACUACUCCAAAGCCAAGCUCUCACUAAAGUUCCAUCUUUGUGAUGAACAGGCGACGCCAAUUUGCUUGGUAACGGUUCCAGCUGGCUGGUACGGAGACCUCUUAAUUCAUGGAGGUCUAUCAGAAACAGAUGCGCCGCUGGCAAAAGCUGAGGCGACGGGGAGACUAAGAGCCUACACUACAAUUACCAUCUUCCCAACCAACAACGAUCUACAGCCAAUCUCAGAAGAGAUGAGAUUUCAUCAAAACGGCUGGCUAGGUGCACAGGGUUUUGCCAUUUCAAUUACAGAAGAGCCUUGGAGAAUCAUCCGUCGGGCAUAA